AUGCCUCCUUCGCAGAGGAGAAGACGUCCGAUCGACGACGACGAAUCAGACCAAGAUGCGCGCCCGCGACAACGCCCCAACCGCAACGGCUCGGGUGACGAGGCUGGCGACGAAUCUGGCGAUGGCAUGGACGGUAACCCGAACCAAGACGCCGACAGACAGCUUGCAAAGAAGCUGGUCCGAUAUGCCAUCUCGUGCGAAUACUCGCGGACUCCAAUAAGACGCGACGGAAUCAAGGAGAGAGUCCUUGGCAACCAGGGACGGUCAUUCAAGAGGGUCUUUGUGCUCGCGCAAAAACAGCUUCGCGAGAUAUGGGGCAUGGAGUUGCGGGAGCUUCCCGUUCGAGAGAAGAUGUCUCUCCAAGAGAAGCGACAGGCCAUGAAGUCAAGUUCUCAAAUUAAGACCGGAUCCGGGGCCUACCUCUUGACCUCGAACUUACCAGAGCCAUAUCGCAGCGCGACCAUUCUCAAGCCAUCCAGGAUACCAAACGAGGAGGACGAGGCUACAUACGCCGCCUUUUACACCCUGGUUGUCGCCUUGAUCUGGUUGAACUCGGGCGAGCUGAGCGAGCAGAAGCUCAGGCGCUACCUCAUGCGGCUGAAUGCUGAUCAAAACGUGUCCAACGAAAAGACCGACAUGACGCUGAAAAGGAUGGAGAAGCACGGAUACGUGAUAAAAAAGGUGGAGCGGCCACCCAUCGGCCAGGACGGUGACCAGAACGUCACCUGGCACAUUGGGCCACGCGCAAAAGAGGAGAUUGGACUCGAUGGCGUCAUGGGCAUGGUGCGCGAGGUUUUUGGUGAUUGGAGCCCUGACCUGGAGAAGAAACUACGGUCAAGCCUGGGGCUCAAGGCCCAGCCCACGGCGGCCAACGAGGACGCGGUGGAAGCCGGCGGGGGCGGGAGACAAGCCGCCGACGGUUCAGAAGACGAGUAA